UUUGCCACUAUAGUAACGUCGUCCACGUUCAGCAACAAUGAUAUUUGUGGAAUGACAUCACAUUAAAAUAGUGGUCGUAUCAAAUUAAGAACUGUAUGUAUAUAUAUAUAUAUAUUUGUUCCAAAUGAGUGCGCAGUGAGUGAGAUGUCAGCUGUUGUCAUUGAGUUUCCAGGGUGUCGAGCCCAGAGGAGGCCGUGCGGGGGAAAAACAAGCGGUGCUGCUUAGCAGUUCUCCCACGAGGACACAUCCAGGAAGAAAAACAUUUUAAUUGCGUCCGCGGAUAAACUCCUAUAAUCGCGACAUGGCUAAGAUAUUCUCAGCAGGAAUGACAAAGCAUGUCGAAGGCGAGAACACAAAUUACACGAAUGUGGUCCUUGCUUCCCUUAAGCAAACUAUGAUGAUAUCAGUUUCAUGUCAACAAUUAGGAGCAAAUGACUCCGAAAAUAUUUGCUCGGAUGGAUUUCAUUGUGGUUGACAAAGCCAUUCGGGUGGUAAAGCUACUGCAUUGUGUCCGAAGAACAUCUUUGAAAGCACUGUGAUGUCAUCAUGCCAUACACUGUCUAUGUGCGAUACUGUGAUGUUAUCAUUACAGGCCUGGCCAACAACUCUCCUUUCCUGUCCUCUCCUGCCAUGACAAUAAUGAUCGCAACUACUUCUACAAUACACACAGGCUGCAGCGCCAUCAUGCCAUCACACCUCCUCUUAUUAGGUCUUCUUAUUAUGCCAGGAUUCACCUCAGGCGCCACCUCCACAGCCCCCACCUCCUCUGUCAGCAUGGUUGCCACAUCGACACCGGCCACCACCCAGUCCAUCUCUUCCACCACAUCUAGAGGUACAACAAUGUCCUCCACCAGCAUGCCUUCCUCCACAGUCACCUCCACUACCGGAGCCCCCAUGUCCACCACCCCUCCAAGCACACCCUUAAUACCCACAGGCUCUUCUGCUAACACCAUGCAGUCUUCCUCAAGCAGUUCUGGAAGUACAUUACCCACAGCUACCACCACCCAAACCCCUACAAGCACACCCUUAUCCACAGGUUCAGCAACUACCACCAUGCAGUGGUCCACCAUGAGUACUAACCCUGCAAGUGGGGGAGCCACCACCACUGCGGCCGCCACCCAGACACCCACAAGCACACCCUUAUCCACAGGGCCAGCAACCAGCACCAUGCAGUGGUCCACCAGUAGCACCAACCCUGCAAGUGAGGGAGCGACCACCACCGCCACCCAGACCCCCACAAGCUCACCCUUAUCCACAGGCUCAGCAACCAGCACCAUGCAGCCAAUGUCCGGAGGAACAACUGCUGCUGGUUCUACACUUACAGCGUCUGUUAGCUCAGUCAGUGCUCCUAACACAGGAACCAACUCUGCCUCCUCCACAGCCAUGCCCAUGUCCACCACAACUAUGAUGACCGCCGCUUCACCGUCCUCCGUGAGUUCAAACACUGACUCCUGGACCUCCAUGAUGUCCACCACUCAGACGACAACCUCCACUGGCAGCAUGACCAGUAUGAUGACAACCGCAAUGAACAUGAUAUACUGUCCCGAAUUCUCGUGUAACUACUCAGACUGCAACACAAUGUACGCCAGUCAAAAUACAACGCCAUGUGCAGCUGGUCAAUGGUGUAAGCUGUGCAAGAUGGACAUGUACUACAUGGCUAGCUGCAGUGCCUCCUGCAACGACAGCUGCAUGAACGACUCCCAGACCAACUGCAGCGUGGCUUGCUGCAACUACACGGGCUGCCUCAACGCCACUUUUGCAUCCAUGGUGAUAAUGCCAUCUACAGCAGCUGCUCCAACCGCCGCACCCGUCACCACGGCCAUGGCCAACCCACAGCCAACGACAUCAGAUGACGGAAACAAAUGCAAUCAAGGGAUGUGCACCGGUGCUACUUGCUACACAAGCUUCAGCAGCACACUGCAGACGUGCUCCUCCUCUGAUCUGCACUGUCAGCUGAAAAAAGAGACGGUGGGCUCCGACCUGAAAUGGACGGCAGGCUGCACAGCUAACUGCUCGAGCGAAACAACGUGCACAGCCACCACACAGCCUCCAUGCCACCUGGAGUGCUGCAACGUCACCAUGACUUCCUGCCUGUGGUUGAACGGCACGAUGAACUUCCCAUCUUCUGCCAUCAGGGGUCCUCGUAUUCACGCGGAACUGACGGCGUCUUUACUCUGCCUGCUGGUCGCUUUAGGUUUCCUGCAGUGAGAAAGCACAUUGUUGAGAGCUUACAGACGACUGCAUCACUUACACCUCCCUCUUUUUCUGUUGCUGAUAUGUGAUUGUGUGUACAGAAUGUUAGGAAAUUCGGUUUAAAAACAGUCCCCUCUUGUGUUAUUUUUCUUUUGUCUAAAGGCCAGUGACAAUUUCAUUUUAAAAGUAUUUAUAGAAAAUGCAGGGAUCGGAGACAUCAUCACAUUACAUUACUCAGUAGAUACUGCAGGUGUGCCUAAUGAUAUUGUACGCUUCCUUUAAUUGUCCUCCUUCAAAGCCAUUGUGAAAAUAAUGCAGCUGUUAUGAUACUGUAUAUGAUGCACUUUACGCAAACACAAACAUCGGGCUGGUAUUCAUUUGUUUUUCAAAAGACAUUUUAAAGAUAAUUUACAGUCUAAUUCAAUGAGUCGGUUUUGUGUUUUGUUGUUUUUUUUCCUGUGAAUUGCGAAUAUUUUUGUUUUUAAGGCAAAAAUGUCAACUGGA